AUGAUUCCACCUUGUGACCCGGCCAUUCUGGAAAGCAAUCCCCAGUUCAAACGACUUCAUCAGCAUCUAACGACGAAGCUCCUUCAUCCGGAUGGAUCGACCCGCGCCAACGAUGCGCAACCAGCCCGAAAAGCAGCUCUCGAAGAGCUGAGGAACUGUCGCAUUCGCAAUGCGAAGAAGGAGAUUAAGAAGCAGACCCUCCGAAGGCUAGCUUUCGAUCCCGACAGCGGAGUGCUAGAUGAGGACCGAGACCCCGUCGCCAUUGUAUCGCUAUAUCUAGACGCCUCACCCCGCCAACUAGACCUCGAAACCGACCCCGGAGACACAGCAAAUGCCCUGACUCUUCUCGCACCCGACAUCGACGCCUUCUACUCCAAUCUACCGGUGCUCGCCCCACAUUUCUCGAAGUCAUUAUCAAACAUCCUCCAUAACCUUCGGAAGAUCGCGAACACAGGUGACCUCCCGAGCGCGGGACAACCGACGGAGCCGACACGAUCGCGGGCCCGUGGUCGUCACGCAGUAACUCGGGUCCCUCUCCUCUCAUCACAGCUGGACGAACGAGUUCGCAGACUCCGAGAAAUACAGUUAUCAGAACUUCCGGCGGCGCGAGCACGCAUGGCAGCGACAGCCACGGAGGUUGUGGCGGCGCGAGCGGCGGUGAUGGAACGGACCGUGGUGCUGCUGGAGCGCGCGAAACACGGCGCAUUGGCGCGAGCCACGAAGGCGAAGGCCGAGCAUUUGGCUACGGUGGCGCAGGGCGUGGAAGGAAAACUGAGCGUCAUGAAAUUGGAUAUUUCCGCGACGAUAUACACGCCCGAGACUGUCGUCGCACUGGGCAGAUACCGACAACAUCUGCAGGAUACUCGGGAAAGGCUGGAAGAGCGCCAGGAACAUGCUCUAGAGGAGCUCAAGGCCUACGAGGAUGUGGAUUCUGAGGCUCCUGCAGCCCGAACCCGAAGUAAGGCGCAUUUGGGAUCAGGACCGAUGAGGGAGAUUGCGCGACGGUAUGGGACGUUGAUGGAUGAGAUCGAGGAGGUGAGGUCGGAGAUCCAGAGAUUGAGGGGGUAGAUGUUUUGAUUAUAUUGUUUCGAGAUACCCUUUUUUUUAUAGUUCGUUUAGGAAUAUUUGGGAUGAUACUUGACCACUCACAGGCCCC